UCGACCUGAAAUCGGAACAAUGAAUAUUCUGAUCAAUUGCUUCUGCCGUUUGGAGAAGGUGAAAGUAGCUUUCUCUGUUAAAGCAACUAUCUUUAAACGCGGCCUCAAGCCGGAUUCUCAUACACUAAGUACACUGCUCCACGGGCUUUGUAAACAGGGCUCAAUGGUUGCGGCGAGGGAGUUGUUUAAGGAAAUAGUAGAGAGUGAUUAUUUGUGUGAUAAAGCCAGUUAUGCGACUAUGAUCAAUGGAUUUUGUAAGACCGGAGAAUGUGGGAAGGCACUUGAAAUGCUUAAACAAAUGCAUAACAAUAGAAGGAUUCAACCUGUUGUACAUUGUUUCACUCCGAUUAUUGAUAGCCUUUGUAAACAAGGACUAAUAGACGAGGCGUUGGGCUUGUUUCAAGAUAUGGUCAACCGCGGUGUUCUGCCAAAUGUCAUUUGUUAUACUUCUGUGAUUCACGGAUUGAGCAAAUUAGGUUGUUGGGAAGAAGCCAAGGGAUUUCUAACCGACAUGCUUGGUCGUGGGGUUUCCCCCAAUUUACGUACCUAUAACGCUCUAGUUGAUUCGCUAUGUAAGGGAGACAAAACGAAGGAAGCACUUUCGUUGUUUGGGUUGAUGACUAGAAAGGGCAUAGAGCCUACUAUUGUCACAUUCAAUUCUCUUAUUUCUGCUUUGUGCAAAUCUGGUCAAUGGAGCGAAGCAACACAAUUUUUAGAAAACAUGGCACAUUACGGAAUCUCUCCUGAUAUUGUUACUUUGAAUUCUACGUUGGACGCUCGGUGCAAGGAAGGGUACACCGGGGAGGCACUUUAUCUCGUGGAAGUAAUGAUGGAGAAAGGUUUAGUUCCUGAUGUCCUCGCAUACAGCUCUUUACUUUGUGGAUUAUGUCAUUCAGGUAAACUAGAAGAGGCUCAUAGAUUGUUUGAUAAUAUGGUGACCCAGAACAUCUUUCCUGAUAUUUUUACUCUCAAUAUAGUUUUGAAUGCCUUGUCUGAUGAAGGAAUGAUGGAGAAAGCUCAAAAAUUAUUUGAAGUAAUGAUUGAACAUGGAAAAGAGCGUGAUACAAUAAGUUACAACACCUUGAUUAAGGGAUAUUGUUUUCGAGGUGAAAUGGAUAAAGCAAACGACAUGUUUCAUCGAAUGACACUAGAGGGUGCUCAUCCUAAUACCAUUUCUUACAACACAUUGCUUAGUGGUCACGUAAAGGCUGAAAGAAUAGACAUUGCUCUGAAACUUCUCAAGGACAUGAUCUGUGAAGGAUUGGUGCCUGAUCAUAUAACACGAAACAUUUUGAAAAGCAUUCAUGCUUAUAGACUUGGAGCAUCCGUACAAUAAUUGUGGAUUUUAUAGGCUUGCAGAAUUCAUGCUGUGAUCACCCAUUCUUUGUUGAAAAUGAAACUACAACGUGACUUCAUGCCAUAGUCCACAAUUUAGUAUCCUAUACGCCGCUUCCAGAGGAUAUUAGGCUUAUUCCUUCUAAAUUAUGUCACUAUCAAGGUUCUCAAGGACAUGAUCCAGAAAAGAUUGGUGCCUAAUCACGUACAAAUAAAUAGAAAUUCAUGUUUGUGCACUUCAAGCAUCCUUCCUAUAACUCUCAAUGAGUUGUAAGAGUUCUACGCUGUGGUCAGACACCGCAAUCUGACUCAUACCCUUCCCAAGUCUGAAGUGGCUUUGUGGCCUGCAGCUUCACCAUGCAAUGGAGAAUCAGGAGGUCUCUUUUGGCCACCAUCUUCCCAUUUUGGUUUUUGCUUGUGGCUUGAUCUCAUUGCUUCUGAAUUCCCGCUGCAGAUUCAGCGCCAUACCAUUGCAUCCUAAACAACACAAGGCCUGGGGUUUGAACCACCUGAUUGGCACCUACAAGACAAGUCAUUAUUCCCAUCUUCCAAAAAUUGUAGGGUUUGGCAGAAGGCUCCAACUUCAAACUCAGACUCACAAAGUGAGUUAGAGGGGUUCUAGAUAUUAAAAAAAAUGAUGUUAAUUGCACAGGGUUGUAGCAUCGCUUAACGUCGGAUCAAGUAUCUUCUCCGUGGAGCUCAUUUUUGGUGACAUAGGACAAAGGUAAAUGUUUGUCAUACUUUGGGGUCUUUAUUUGUAAUGGUUAUAUAAUCCUGUGAUUCCUCUACGUUGGUGGGGUGAGUUCGCUAGGUAGUUCUAUAGUACGUUAGAACUCUAUAAACAGAAAUACUUAGGGGCCCGCAUAACACAAAGGUGGAGCCAUCCUUGUUAUGGUUGCAAGGCCCCCGGACCCAAUAGCAAUGCUCUUCUAUAAAUAGCUUCCUCUGUAUAUCAGAUGACAUUUUUCAGAUUAAUAAGAUUUCCUUGAUGUUUGUUGUUUA